CUCUGCCAAUCAACUGACACGGGGAGGGGACUGCAGGCACUUGUCUUCCGGCCUGUACUUUGGACUGACACAGGUCCUCCCACAACUAACUGCUAGCCCUAGAAUACUCCCUCCCCGCCGCUGCAGGAUAGAUUUUGGCAACCUGAAGCGUCCGGAAAGAACAGAAGCCUCUCCAAGUUUCUUCCAAAACUCCUGUAACUUUUUCUCUUGCCCUCCUACCUCUCCAAGACAGCUGUUGGAAGACGUGCUGUUACAAGACUAAAUGUUUCGGGCUUCACAAUCUGAAUCUGGACAGGACACAGGCACUAUGUCUCAGCAGCUUCUCUACCGGGCUUUGGUGUCUGCAAAGUGGGUCUCCGAAGUGAUCAAAUCUUCUCAAACUGGGUUGGCUGUACAGCUCCUGGAUGCGUCCUGGUACCUCCCAAAAAUGAAGCGCAACCCUCGGAAGGAGUUUGAGGAGUGCCACAUCCCUGGAGCUGCCUUCUUUGACAUUGACCAGUGCAGCGAUCGCACUUCGCCAUAUGAUCACAUGCUGCCCAGCACAGGGGAUUUUGCAGAGUAUGUGGGCAAGCUGGGUGUGGGCAGCAAUUCCCAUGUCGUGGUGUAUGACGCAAGUGACCAGGGGUUGUUCUCUGCUCCUCGUGUCUGGUGGAUGUUCCGAGCCUUUGGGCACGACGCUGUGUCUCUCUUGGAUGGUGGGCUGAAGAACUGGAUGCGGGAGGGGUUUCCGGUGACCUCCCAGAAGAGCAGACCUGUGCCUGCAGAAUUCCAUGCCGCUCUGGACAAAUCAUUAGUCAAGACCCAUGAGGACAUUAAGGAGAACAUUGAAUCAUGCUGCUUCCAGGUUGUGGAUGCACGGUCAGUGGGCCGGUUCCGAGGGAUGGAGGAAGAGCCCCGGGAAGGAAUUGAACCCGGCCACAUCCCUGGCUCAGUGAAUAUCCCGUUCACUGAAUUCCUUACUGAGGCUGGCAUGGAGAAGAGUCCGGAGGACAUCCACAGCUUAUUUCAGGAGAGAAAAGUGGAUCUCAAGAAGCCCCUUGUGGCCACUUGUGGCUCUGGAGUCACUGCUUGCCAUGUGGCCCUAGGGGCAUAUCUCUGUGGCAAGCCUGACGUGGCCAUUUAUGAUGGAGCUUGGGUGGAAUGGUUCAUGCGGGCACUGCCGGAACACAUCAUCUCAGAGAGAAGGUGGAAGAACCUGUGAGGGGCAGCCUCCUGCCACGAUGGGGGCAGAAAGGUUGCCUGGUAGCAGGUGUCAGAAGAUGGUAUUGCGGCCCAGGGAAGCAUCUUUGACAGUGAAUCUGCUGACACGGGGGGUGGUGGUGAUGGUCCUCUGCAUGUCUCCUUUGCUGGGCAUAAGUGCUGUAUCUUUUUCUCUAUGCAGUGGUUUAUUGUUGGGUUGGGGGGAAGGGCACUGGGUCACAGGAUGGUGUACGAAAUUUCAGUUCAAACAUAGGAUCAAGAGGUCCGGGCACAUUGGGUGUACACAGGGCAGGGUUGGGGAUGAGAUUAAUCUUGCACUUGGUCAGGUUAAUAAGAGUAUUUUUCUCCAAAAACUGAAAUCAGGUUUCUACUCAUUUAAGUUGAUCAGACUUCGAAGCAUAUUGUCCUGAAGCUGCAUGCUGUAGACCACAACUUAAGUUCACAAAGGUCUGCGCCAAUGUUCCCUCUUAAGCUGUGGAGUCCUGUGAGCAAAAAUGCUACUUUGUGAGCU